AUGGGCUGGGAAAUUGUUCGUGAGCAGUCUCCUGAUGAGCCAGGCAAACGUAGUAGAUUAUGGUCUCAUGACGACAUCAACAAUGUGCUGAAGAAAAAUGACGGAACAGAUUCAAUCCAAGGCAUGGUAAUGGAGUUGACUAAACUACAAGUUGCUCAUUGGAAGCCAGAAGCCUUUUCAAAUUUGUCUCAACUUGGUCUUCUCCAUAUUCGUAAUGUGGACCUUCCCAAAGGCCUCACUUGUCUUUCUAAUUCCUUGAGACUCCUCAAAUGGACUGGGUAUCCCUUAAGAUCUCUCCCAAAACUUUUUGAAGCAGACAAACUUAUUGAACUUAACUUGUGCCACAGCAACGUUAAACAGCUUUGGAAGGGAACGAAGAAUUUUGACAAGUUGAAGUUCAUCAAACUCUGCCAUUCUCAAAAAAUUGUGGAGACCCCCGACCUCACAGGUGUUCAGAAUCUUGAGACUUUAGAUCUUGAAGGAUGUUUUCAUUUGGUAAGAAUCCAUCAAUCCCUUGGAUUUCUCAAAAAGCUUAUUGUCCUGAAUCUUAAAGACUGCAAGAGUCUGAAGAGUCUGCCAAGUAGAAUUGAAAUGGAAUCUCUUGAAACAUUAAUUCUUUCUAACUGCUCAAAAGUUAAGAAGAUUCCCGAGUUUGUUGGAAAUAUGGAACGUUUGUUGGUGCUUUGUCUUGAUGAGACUGCCAUUGAGGAACUGCCUGUUUCAAUUGAACGGCUGACUGGCCUUGUGACAUUGAAUCUAAGCAACUGCAGAAAUCUUGUUUGUCUUCCAAGGACCAUCAAUAAAUUGAAGUCUGUUGAAAAUCUUAAUCUUUCUGGAUGCUUGAAACUCGGCAAACUUCUGUUCUUGCCUUCUGGAUUGGUGCAAAAAGUGAAAACAGAGCCAAUGAGUUUUGGCUUGCCUAUAUCUCAAAAAGUUAAUACAGAGCCAACGAGUUUCCGCUUGCCUAUUUCUGGUCUGUGUAAUUUAAUGUAUCUGAACCUGAGUAAUUGCAAUCUUGGUGAAGGAGCAUUUGCCAACGAACUCGGUUACUUUCCCUCGUUGGUGACCUUGAAUCUAAGUGGAAACAAUUUUGUUCGCGUUCCUUUAGGCAUUCGAUUGCUUUCUAAGCUUGAGAAAUUUAACUUGGAGAAUUGCAAGAGACUUCAAGAGUUGUCAGACCUUCCAUCAAAUAGUAGACUAGAUUUAAGGGCAGAUGGUUGUACUUCACUGAAAUACUUGUUUGAUGCAUCAAAUUUGAACAGAUUAAACAAAUCAUUUUUCAAUUUCAUCAAUUGCUUCAAUCUAAAUGGGAAUGAAGGAUGCAAUAACAUAGCAUUUGAAAUGCUGAAGAUAUUCAUGUAUCAGGGAAUCUCUAAUAAGAGGGAAACUUUUCAAAUUGUAAUUCCUGGAAGUAAUAUUCCUGAGUGGUUUAGCCAUCAGAGUGUUGGGUGUUCAUUAAGUGUAUCUCUACCUGUACAUUGGAAUAACAGUCGGUUUUUGGGAUUUGCUUUGUGUGCUGUUUUUGUACUCCAUGAGCACCAUCCGGUGGAUAAGCUUUAUAUAGAUGAAUUCAAGACUUUUAAUGCAACACAUCAUCUUCUAUGUUGCCUGAAGCUCGAUGGAAAAGAAUUGGAAGUGUAUGGCAGACAGCCUGCAUUUCGCUUCAGUGAAGAAUUUUGCCAGGUUGAAUCAGAUCACCUGUGGCUAUUCUAUGUAUCUUGUGAUAAAUACUUUGGUACAGAGUGGUGGCAUAACAGUUGCAGUCAGCUUGAGUUCUCAUUUGAAACCAGAUGGCCGGGUCUGAAGGUGAAGGAGUGUGGAGUCCGUCUGAUAUAUGAGCAAGAAGUGCAAGAGUUGAACCAAACAAACACUCAAUCAAGCAGUAGGAUGUCUCCUUAUGCGGAUAUAUUGAUUGGUUUUGACAGUCCAGUUGCAGGGGAAACCAGUGGCACUGGCAGCACAACUUGCAUGCUUGAAGAAUUGUAG